UUAAGGUAUAUUCAUACAACAGCCAUUGUUUAUAAACGCUACUUCAAGUCUAUUCCCGUAUGCGAAAUCGAAAAAAUCACGUUCACAGGUAAAGUUCGAGAAUGGCUUCAAUACAAUUUUCAAAGUACCAAGGGCUUGGGAAUGACUUUAUCGCCCUAGACAACAGAGACGGUAGCUAUGAUUUAACGAAUGAGAUGAGACAGCGGAUGUGCGACAGGCGGUUUGGGAUCGGCGCAGACGGCAUUUUGGAAAUUCGUUCAAGCAAAUCAUCCCACUUUUCACUUCUGUACUUUAACGCGGACGGCAGGGCGGGAAGCUUAUGCGGCAACGGUUGCCGGUGUGCGGUGGCUUUUGCGUGGAGCCUUGGCAUUGAUGGUUCGGCUCCACGCUCUCAAAACGAGGCAAAUAAGUUACCGGUUUAUAAAUUCGAGGCAUCGGAUGGAGUCCACGAGGGCGGAGUUUUAGGUUCAGAUAUUACUGAAAAUGGCGAUGAGAAUUUUAUUUAUUUCGUUAACUUCCAAGACGUUCUGUUAACAAAUAUAAAAAUAUACCCAAACGGCGAUCUAUUUUUAGACACCGGGUCUCCACAUCACGUGAGGUUUGUGUCACGUGAUGUUGAUGUCAUAGAUGUGCUCACCGAAGGGAAAGAACUGAGGUAUGGGCUCUACGGUGAAAAGGGAAGUAAUAUAAAUUUUGUAUCUAUGAAAAUAGAUAAUAAAACUGUUGAAAAAGAUAAAAUCCUGCAGGUCAGGACUUAUGAAAGAGGAGUGGAAGAUGAAACGUUAGCAUGUGGAACUGGAGCAGUAGCUGUAGCUAUCUCUGACUUUGUAAGAAAAUUAAACUAUAAUCAGAAGAACCAUGAGGAAGCAAUGGCUGUUCCAUCAGAUUUGAAAUCUCUGAAUGGAAAGGCUGUGAGUCAGUGUAUAUCUACUAGAGGAGGAAAAUUAACUGUGGAUUUUAUCAUUGAGUACAAGGAGGGAUCCGCUGUCUUUACUAAAAUACAACUGUCUGGGUAUGCCAAGCAUGUAUUUGAUGGUGUGUAUCCUCUAAAAUGACUGUAAACUCCUGGUACGUUCUAUAUUACAUUAAUAGAUAGCCAGUACUAGCCAGGCAUAGAUUGUCAUUAAGCAUGAAGGUUGAUCAACACU